CCCUUCAAUCUCAUCUGUGUGGGCAAAAGGUGUGCACGCGCACUCCUCUGGCAGGGGCGACAGUUGCGCGUUCUCGUGCGUUCGCCAUAGAAAACAAAGCUAUCCGUGCGCUUCCAUUACAGCUAGCGGGGCAAACCCAGCACACAGCUCUCUCUGCAUGCACACCCAAGAUGGGUUUGCAGCUCAUCUGAGGGCCUUUGAACGCGGGGCCUGUUGCGAGGACAGACAGCCAGCUGAAGUCAGCGAAACGUCUCGGUUUUUUCUCCGGACUGCUUUUGUUUCUUAGCCGCGGCUAGCAGCUCAGCCACGAUCAUUGUCGUUUCUGCAGCGAGCUGCCGAAGGAAAACACAUCGCCAUGUUGUUAUCGGAGGGGGCUCUGUGAAGAAGGCGAAACCGUGAGCGUGUGGAGGAGAUAAUCUCGUCGUUUGAGCCGAACCUGAGUCCUCAGCCGCUGCCUGCUGCCUGCCUGACUGACUGACUGACAUGGCGGAGCAGAGCUACUCCUGGGCGUACUCCCUUGUCGACUCCAGCCAGGUGUCAACCUUCCUCAUCUCCAUCCUCCUCAUCGUCUAUGGCAGCUUCAGGUCAUUAAACAUGGACUGUGAGAACCAGGAGAAGGACAAGGAUGGAAACCCCACCGCCGCCGGCUCCUUCAACAAUGCCAACUCUAACAACAGUAUUCAGACCAUAGACUCCACACAGGCGCUGUUUCUUCCCAUCGGAGCCUCCGUGUCUCUGCUCGUCAUGUUUUUCUUCUUUGACUCUGUUCAGGUGGUGUUCACCAUAUGCACUGCAGUUCUAGCAACCAUCGCGUUUGCUUUCCUCCUGUUGCCGAUGUGCCAGUAUCUGACCAGGCCCUGCUCCCCACAGAACAAGAUCUCGUUCGGCUGCUGCGGCCGCUUCACGUUGGCAGAGCUGCUGUCGUUUUCCCUCUCUGUCAUGCUGGUUCUCAUCUGGGUGCUGACGGGCCACUGGCUGCUCAUGGACGCACUUGCCAUGGGUCUCUGUGUGGCCAUGAUCGCAUUUGUGCGACUGCCUAGUCUGAAGGUGUCCUGCCUGCUGCUGUCAGGCCUCCUCAUCUAUGAUGUGUUCUGGGUCUUCUUCUCCGCCUACAUCUUCAACAGCAACGUGAUGGUGAAGGUGGCCACGCAGCCCGCCGACAACCCCCUCGACGUGCUCUCACGCAAGCUGCAUCUGGGCCCCGGCAUGGGACGGGACGUCCCCCGCCUCUCUCUUCCCGGAAAGCUGGUGUUCCCGAGCUCCACCGGCAGCCACUUCUCCAUGCUGGGCAUCGGCGACAUCGUCAUGCCGGGUCUGCUGCUGUGCUUCGUGCUCCGAUACGACAACUAUAAGAAACAGGCCAACGGAGAAGUGCCCGGGCCUGUCAACAUGUCCGGCCGCAUGCAGCGGGUUUCCUACUUCCACUGCACCCUCAUUGGUUACUUUGUCGGUCUUUUGACUGCAACCGUGGCCUCUCGUAUUCACCGCGCGGCCCAGCCUGCCCUCCUGUACCUGGUGCCCUUCACCCUGCUGCCUCUGCUCACCAUGGCCUACCUGAAGGGGGACCUACGGCGCAUGUGGUCCGAGCCCUUCCACGCCAAGUCCAGCAGCUCCCGCUUCCUGGAGGUAUGAUGCUGUUCUGACCAGCACAAGUUCCCAUCAUCCCUCCCUCCCGCCCACCAAACGGAGAAAGAGAGAGCGAAAGAGAGAGAAGGAGAGGUGUCGGAAGAGAGGAACUGCACUCGUCUUCUCAUCAUCCCUCAUUCCCGUUGUCAUCCUCCAGCCAGUGGAUGAACAGCAGCACGCGGACUUCACUGCCAGAUGGAUUCAUGCGCUCCAACCAUACUCUCUUUGUCUUUAUUUCCUCUACCUCUUUUCUUUCUCAGCUCCAUUCCAACUUCAUCACACCACCUUUCUCUCUCUGUCUCUCUCUUUUCCCCGUGUUCCACCGAACUCAGCCGCAUUUUACCGGAUCGCUCGUCAUCUGGACGUGAACCGGAGCCGCUUUGAGCUCCGAGCGUGUUUCCAUUUGUACCGUUCGGCGCCGUUACGGAUUUACAGACUGAGAUUUCUUUAUUUACCGCUCUGUGGACGAGGAACGUAGAUUCUGCCACAGCUCGGGAUGACGAUGACCCUAUAAGGGACCAGCACACAGUAGAGGACAGCGUCGUUAUUUCCCCUUCCUUCCCUCGUUCUCUCUUUCCCUUUCUGAUAAAACCCAACCCGCAUCCAUCCCGAUUUCCCUUUCUAACAACCCUUCCUUCGCAGAAACAUGUAUUUUAUUUAGAAAGAUUUUAUUCUUGGCAUAUACAGAAAUGAUGCAUUAUAAAUUGUGGGGGCGUACAGCUCUAUGUAUAUAUGUGUACACAUGUAUUAGGGGUUAUCAUGUUGAGGUGCGAGUGUGCGUGAGAUCGCGUGUGUGUGUGUACGAACGGGCGAAAAUGAAUUGUAACGGCAAACGGUUUUCAUUUCCUUACUUUUAGAUCUCCAAAUACGCAUAUUUCUUUUCCUUUUGCUCACUUCUUCCAUAAAACUCAUUGCAGUGGGUCGUUCAACUCUUUGGCCUUUGAACACAAGGGUUGGUGUGAUUUUGCGUUUCUGUAUGAAUGUAUGCUGUUACCUCCACGGCUCUGGAUGGACCACUGAAGAUGAGCUCUGCCGGGCUAACGGGGGGAAAUGUUUAAGGAUUGUACUAAGCUUAGUUAUUUAAACAGGCCGAAUUUUUUUCCACUAGUAUUUCAAGCAUUAAUUGUUUUGUUUGUAGUCAUUCCUUCAACCCAAUUGGCUCUGCAAUGAUGAAACUGGAAUUGAGGUGCAAGAUUGAGUGAAUGUGUGUGCGUGCGUGUGUGUGCGUUGUAGAAAAUAAUGCAUUUUGCUGGCUCAGUCCGUUGAGGUUUGCUUUUGUUUCUUUUCUUUUUUCUUUUUUUUUUUUUGUUUUUUUUUUUGUUUUGUUUUUUUUACCUGUUGUUACCUGUUUUUUAAUCUGUUAGUCGUCUGGCCUUGCAUGUCAAUUGUACAGCGUGUCGUUCUUCAAAAGCUGCGUUUUCAGGGCAACCGUGCUCGUGCGACACUCUGAAACUCUGAGGCGCAGACACGGGGUCGUGGACGAUGAGUCGCACAAGAGAAUUAGUCCGAGAGGGGGGUGACGAGACCGGACCGCUCUGACCCCCGCGGCCGGCUUGGACCUCGCGCGAAACAUUGGCACUGCGUUGCCUGAAUAUUCAGUAUGACCGUUUGCCUGGCAGUGGGCCUUGGUUAAACCUGAGCAUCAUGGACAUCCCCCACAAACCUCUUCACUGUCCCUCUGCCACCCUUAAAGACAUUACAAGAAAAAAAAGAACAAUAUAAAUGACGAUCAUGAUGAUUGCAUUGAAACUCAAAUGUUAUUUUGUUUUGUUUUUUAAUGGAAGAGUGCUUUUUUUGGUUUGUUUGUUUUAUCCCAUUGUUUGUAUUUUUUCUUUCACUUCCCCCCUAAUGCUGUGGAUUUUUGUUUUGUACUUCAAUUUCCUUUUUUUUUUUUUUUUUUUUUUUUUUUUUUUUUCCCCUCCAUCAUCCUCCCUGCCUGCAGAGGGCGCUAAGCUCUGUUGGGCUAUCAACAUUAACAGCCAAAAGGAUUCUGUAUAAAAAAAAAAAAAAAAAUCAAAUAAAUAAAUUAAAAAGUGUAGUGAAAUGUGGAUCCAAAUGAGCUGUACUGAAAACAUUUCAGCUCUCAUAACCUUCCCUUUCUUCUCCUUAGUCAGGAUUCUGCUGUAAAUAAACAUGACUCUAACUGUA